AGGGAAACUGCGCCGAAUAAAUUUUUGGAGAAGCGCCUCUAACUUAGAUAUUUUUCUAAAGAAAUAUACAAAGUCGUUAGCACAACGACACUUUUGUCAGUACCUGGUAUCUGAGGCGGAGGGAGGCCGGGCGACUACGAGAAUGCCUCGCAAAGCGAUUGACUCGCGCAUCCCUGCGCUUAUCCGCAAUGGCAUACAGGAAAAGAAGCGCAGUUUUAUCGUCGUUGUCGGCGACAGAGCCAAAGAUGUCAUUGUACAUCUGCACUAUAUCAUGUCCUCGGUCGACGUCAAGCAGAACAAGUCGGUUCUAUGGGCUUACAAGAAAGAUCUUCUAGGAUUCACUAGUCACCGGAAGAAGCGAGAGGCAAAGAUCAAAAAGGAAAUCAAGAGAGGCAUACGAGAUGCCAAUACGGAGGAUCCAUUCGAACUCUUCGUUACACUGCACAAUAUCCGAUAUGUUUACUACAAAGAGACCGAGAAGAUCCUGGGUAACACAUAUGGCAUGUGUAUCUUGCAAGACUUCGAAGCCAUCACCCCGAAUCUCCUGGCCCGCACCAUCGAGACGGUCGAAGGCGGCGGGCUGGUACUUCUUUUGCUGAAAGGCAUGAAAAGCCUGAAGCAACUCUACACAAUGUCUAUGGACGUCCACUCCAGAUAUCGAACCGAAGCGCAUGACGACGUUGUUGCCAGAUUCAAUGAACGAUUCAUACUGUCCCUCGGAGCCUGCGAGUCCUGUCUGGUCGUGGACGAUGAGCUGAACGUCCUACCCAUAUCUGGAGGGAAGAAUGUGCAGGCUCUACCGCCACCAGCUUCCGCAGAUGACAGUGAACUGCCGAGCAAGAAAGAGUUGAAAGAGAUCAAAGACAGCUUGGCCGACAGUCAGCCUGUGGGAUCUCUGGUCACUCUCGCAAAGACUGUUGAUCAGGCCAAGGCACUCCUCACAUUUGUUGAUGCCAUAUCAGAGAAGACAUUGCGAAGUACAGUAACCCUGACGGCCGCGAGAGGUCGCGGAAAAUCAGCGGCACUGGGCGUCGCCGUGGCUGCCGCGGUGGCCCACGGUUAUAGCAACAUCUUCAUCACAUCUCCAAGUCCAGAAAACUUGAAGACUCUUUUUGAAUUCGUUGUCAAAGGUUUCGAUGCUCUCGAAUACAUGGACCAUGUCGACUAUACCAUUCUGCAGUCAACAAAUCCCGACUACAACAAGGCCAUAGUGCGCAUCAAUGUCCAUCGUGCGCAUCGGCAAACAAUCCAAUACAUCCAGCCGCAAGAUGCGCACGUUCUAGGACAGGCCGAGUUGGUCGUGAUUGAUGAGGCUGCUGCGAUACCUCUACCCCUUGUUAGGAAGCUGAUGGGACCAUACCUUGUAUUCAUGGCCUCGACCAUCAAUGGUUACGAAGGCACAGGUCGAUCACUCUCACUGAAGCUGAUUCAACAACUACGUGAACAAUCCAGCGGCGGGGUCAAGACAAACGGCGAUGAUCUCGAAGUCGCUGAUAAGGAGACCGGGAAAGCAACCAAAGAUGGACAGAAGGUCUAUACUGGGGGACGAUCUCUGAGAGAGAUCACAUUAUCAGAACCAAUCCGAUAUGCACCUGGAGACGGCGUUGAGAAAUGGUUAAAUCGACUGCUAUGCCUCGACGCUACACUGCCCAAAUCAAAGAUGAACACCCAGGGUACACCACAUCCUUCAACAUGCGAACUGGUCCAUGUUAAUCGCGAUACUCUAUUCUCAUUCCACCCCGUCUCAGAAAAGUUCUUACAGCAAAUGAUGGCACUGUAUGUUGCCUCUCACUACAAAAACUCGCCUAACGAUUUACAAUUAAUGUCCGACGCUCCUGCGCAUCAACUCUUCGUUCUCAUUCCUCCUAUCCCCGAAGAUGCCAACAAACUCCCGGAACCUCUUUGUGUCAUUCAAGUCGCCCUCGAAGGUCGCAUCAGUAAAAAAUCCGUGCUGAACAGCUUAUCCCGCGGCCAGCGAGCCGGUGGUGACCUGAUCCCCUGGCUGGUGAGCCAGCAAUUCCAGGACUCGGAGUUUGCUGGUCUAUCAGGGAGUCGCGUUGUUCGCAUCGCCACAAACCCAGAGUACUUGAAUAUGGGCUAUGGUUCGCGAGCUUUGCAGUUGCUGCAAGACUUCUACGAGGGCAAAUUCACCUCGUUGUCCGAAAAGGACGAGGCCACAAUCGAAGAUAUGGCGCACAUGCCGCGUGUGACGGAUGCCGAACUUGAGGAAUCAGAGCUCCUCGAUGACAACAUCAAAGUUCGUGAUAUCAGACAGAUGCCGCCGCUGUUCAGCAAGCUCUCGGAGCGCCGUCCAGACCCACUGGACUACCUAGGUGUCUCGUUCGGCUUGACACAACCACUCCACAAAUUCUGGAAACGAGCGUCCUUCGCUCCUGUCUAUCUCCGCCAAACCGCGAACGAGCUGACAGGUGAACAUUCAUGCGUAAUGCUCAAACCUCUGUCCACAAGCACCAGUACCGAUAGCUUCUGGCUGAGCGCCUACUCGCAGGACUUCCACAAACGCUUUCUCACCCUUCUUUCGUACCAAUUCCACACAUUCGCCUCCGUCCAAGCCCUUUCCAUAUCAGAAUCCGCCUCUCGCGCCACCAAAGCCUCUCCCGACGACACCGCUAGCACCACUGGCGUUGCAACUCUAUCAAAGUCUGACCUCGACGCGAUCUUCUCCCCCUUUGACCUCGCCCGCCUCGAAUCCUACGCCAACAACAUGCUCGACUAUCACGUCAUCCUCGACAUGAUGCCCGCGGUCGCCAUGCUGUUUUUCACGGGCCGUCUGAAGCAGGCACCUUGCAACGUCAGCCUCUCCGGCGUCCAGCAAAGCAUCCUCCUCGCAAUCGGACUUCAACGAAAAGAUCUGAACGAUGUCGAGAAGGAACUCAACCUGCCCAGCAACCAGCUUCUCGCGAUGUUCGUCAAGGUGGUUCGGAAAGUCAGUACGGCGUUCAGGGCCAUCAUCUCCGGCGCUGUAGAAGCCAGUCUUCCGGAAAAGAAGGAUGUCGACCUCGGCCUGAACGGUACCGCAGCACCGAGAGCUGGCAGCCGUGUGCAGACUGAUCCCAACGAUGCAGUGGAUGACGACCUCGAGGAAGAUGCCGAGCAAGUGAACCCCUACCUCAAGGAAAAACAGCGGGCUCUCAUUGAUGCACUGCCGCUUGAUAGGUUUGAAAUCACCGCCGUCACUGCAGAUGAUGAAGCCUGGGAAGAUGCCGAGCGACAGGUUCGGGACGCUGGGGCGGAUUCCGGCCGCAGCACGGUCGUGAGCGUCAAGAGUCAGAAGAAGCGCAAAGUGGACGAGGUCAACGGGGACGAGAAUGCUGAGGUUGAUGGUGCUGACAAGAAGAAGAGGAAGGAUAAAGAGAAGAAGCAUGAGUCCAGGAAUGGGGAGAAGCACCGGUCCAAGGACAAGGGCAAGGAUAAGUCGCAUAAAGCGAAAAAGGCGUCAUGACUUAGAAACCAUGCUGUAACUCUCAACAUGAACCAUAGCUCAAUCCAAUGAAGCAUUCACAACACCACUG